AUGAAAGCAGAUGCAAUCAGCAGCGGGCUUCGUCACAUUACCUCAAACGCAUCAGAGGUUAGGGUUGUUGACCCAAAACACAAUGCAGGUGAUGUUGAUUUGUUACACCAAAUUGGCUACAAGCAAGAAUUGAGACGUCAUUACUCCAUCAUUCAAGUAUUUGGUAUCGCAUUCUCCAUUAUGGGAUUGUUGCCCAGUAUUUCAUCAGUUCUUGCAAUUGGGUUGGCAUCAGGUCCAGCAGGUUUAGUAUGGGGAUGGUUUAUCGCCAGUUGUUUCAUCUUUAGUGUUGGCACCUCAAUGUCGUUUUUGGGUAGUGCAAUCCCUACAAGUGGUGGCUUGUACUACUAUUGCAAUUACUAUUGUCCUGAUAUUGUUCGAGUUCCCUUGAGUUACCUUAUAGCAUGUUCAAAUUCAUUAGGUUUAUUGGGCGGGUUAUGCAGUAUUAGUUAUGGUUUCGCCGUGGAGGUGUUGUCUGCCAUUUCCAUUGCCCGAGACAAUACAUUUGAAAUUACCAAUUUCAAAUGUUAUGGAAUCUUUUGUGCUUGUAUCGCUCUGAAUGUUGUCAUUUCGUGUUUGACCACUCGCCACGCCGCCAAGUUUCAAACAUUGUCCAUUAUUGUCAAUAUGUUUUUGGUGAUACUUUUUCUCAUUGCGGUUCCCAUUGGGUUUUCAAGAAAUAAUAGUUUCAACUCAGCAAAGUAUAUGUUCACCCACUUUGAAAAUGCCAGGGAUUGGCCAACUGGUUGGAGUACAAUCAUGUCUUUUCAAACUGCGAUUUGGACAAUUGGAGCAUUUGAUUCUGUAAUUCAUUGUUCAGAAGAAGCAUUAAAUGCACAAAGAUCAAUUCCGUACGGAAUUUUGGGCUCUAUUGGGGCUUGCUGGUGGUUUGGCUGGUUCAUCAUGAUUGUUUGUGCUGCUUGUAUCAAAGAUGCCGAUGUUGGUAGGGUUUUGGCUUCGGAAACGGGCUCACCAAUGGCACAAAUUAUCCUUGAUUCAUUGGGGAAGAAGUGGGCAGUGGCAUUCAUGGCAAUGAUUGCAGUUGGACAAUAUUGUAUGGCCAUCUCAAUCAUGAUUGCAUUGUCACGACAAAUUUGGUCUUUUGCUCGCGAUGAUGGAUUACCAGUUAUUUACAAGUGGGUCAAAUAUAUUGAUCCCAAAAUUAAAGUGCCCGUUAGAGCUACAAUCUUUGCUGGCUGUUUGGGAUUGAUUAUGGGUUUAUUAGUCACGAUUCCAGGCACCGCUGGCGCAAACGCCUUGUUUUCACUUUGUAUCACGUCGAAUGGUCUCUCAUGGGGAAUGCCAGUUUUUCUUGUGACAUUAUCAUACGGAAGAAACAAGUUUAUCUCCGGCCCUUUUUACUUUGGACUCAAGUGGAGCACCGUUGUCAAUUUGAUUACAAUUUGUUGGUUAAGUUUUGCAAUUGUUAUGAGCAUGUUUCCCGACUCUACCCGUGUAACCAAGGAUACUAUGAAUUACACGGUUGCAGUGAAUGCUGGCGUUUGGAUUUUAUCAUUGACUUACUAUUUUGUUUGGGGUCAUAGAGCCUAUUCUGGACCGAAAUCCAAUCUUGACGACUCCGAUUCAGAAAUUUCAAGCGUCAAGAAUUUGGAUGAACUUUUGAAUGAGAAAAAAUAG